ACCCAGUACUGAAACGAACGUAAUGUAGCGUACGAGCAUGUACAGUAGUCAGUUCGGAUUUGGACAAUUUAGCCUCACAAACGAAACUUGUUGUUCUUUUGAACUCACGCUCCGCUCCAAACCCUACCGGUAUGGUGCGAGUUUGCCAAUCCAGGGGGGCGCGAUUGUUGGGAGCAUGGUGCAAAGAAGACGCUACAAUGGACGACGAAAAGGACAAUAACACCGACAACACCGAUCUGGAGAAAGAGGAGGCGGCAACGCAUUCUUCAUCCACCACAGACACCACUUCGACGUGUACAGACACAACCACGCCCGACCAGAAGCCCGGCAGCGGGGACCGCAACUGUUCCAGUGACGACGACGAUGACGACACCAGCACCUGCAGCAGCGAUCGGGCCCUCUGCGAUGUCCUAGGUCUGUCGUCCCUGGCCGGAAUGGUCAUGGAAGACGACGUAGAAAACGAUGUCGAGAACGACAAAGAACCAGACGCCGGGCCGCUCCCAUCGGGCAACGCUGUCCACCGGAGAAUCGAUCUGCCUCCCACCGAAGGAGUGUCUCGAAAAUACUAUCCCCCCGGGGAUUGCUUUGCGUACGAGAUCCCGAACGUCCUGUCCCCAGAAGAAUGCCGGAGGCUCAUCUCGGUGGCGGCGCAUUCGAAUCCAAAGGCGAGCGCGAAUCUGGGAGCCAACGGAGAUCCCUGCGGGCCGGAACCUUCGUCGUCGUCGUCGCCGUCGUCGUCCUUUCGCUACGUGACCCAUGCGGUCCACACCGCCCCGGACGGCGAAACCAAGUUCGAGGUCGCGCUGGAACGCCCGAAUCCGCACAAGCUGGCCGUCUUUCGCCACGCUUCCUGGGUCGAAACCCUCUGGAACCGGUUGGGGCCCCUGUUGGUGAAACCACGCGCCGGAGAAUCCACCACCACCGAUCCCCCCCUGUGGAAAGCCCUCCAGCACUUUGUCCACCGCGAGUCCCUGGGUGGGCCACCGGUGGGGCUCAACCCACGGCUGCGGGUCCUGAAAUACGACGCCACCGACCGGGACGAGUUCCUGGCCCACUUCGACGCAACAACGGAGCUCUUCGAGCCGUCGCCCCGGACGAGCUACCUGACGGUCCUACUGUACCUUAACGGCGGUGGCGGGGAAACGGAAAUAGGAGGCGAUGGAGAUACCAAUGCCGAUUUUUCCGGGGGGGAAACGGAGUUUUUGUCGCAGCACGACGCAUCCGGAGGAAGGACGAUCGUCCCCCGGGCCGGAUCGGUGGUCUUGUUCGAACACGAUCUGUUCCACCGCGGCCGACCCCUGGUCUGGGGAACCAAGUACGUCCUCCGCACCGAUGUGAUGUUUGCGACCAAGCCUCGCGACGACUCCKCGAGUGGAAAAGGGCCUUUGCCGCCCGCAAUGCCUCGGGACAAUAGAGGCAGCGAACCCCUCCCACCGCAGCUUUCCACGGUGGAAGACGUGCUCGGAAAACUGAAAACCGAUGAAUUGGAAAGCGACGAUCCUUUCUGCUUCCUGCGCGAUGCCCUGUCCAACGGAAUGGGCUUUGGGGGGGAUCUGGAAGGGACCUCCAUCGAGUGCCUCUGUUCGGCGGGACGGUUUCCUUUGAGCCUCAUGCUCCGCGAGCACGUGUGGUCGAUCGCCGGGUUGCUGUCGUCACCGCCGCAAGGUACAGAGGCAGAAGUUACCACCCGGAAGCAAAGAUGCCAGAAAGAGAUCGAUCGGUUUCUGGACAUUGCAUUCGAAGCACUCCGGCAGGCGAAAUGACUGCCCAACGGACGGAUGAAAAACAUGACCGCAUCGAGAGUGAGGGCUUUUUGCGCCGCAGGGAAACGAUAAACGAGACAGUGCCAU